AUGCCCGCCGACGAGCCCACAGGGUCACCGAUGAGCGGAGAAGGCGGCGGCGGCGGUGGCAAGAACGCCGGCAAGGGCAUGGUCUACCACCACCGUCCCGCCGCCGGCGCGGCCAAAGCCGUCUGCUACGGCCUCCUCGCCCUCAUCCUCCUCGCCGGCGUGACCGCCCUCGUGCUCUACCUGGUCUACCGCCCUUCCAAGCCCCGCUUCGCCGUGGUCGGCGCCGCCAUCUACGAGCUCAACGUCUCCUCCGCCCCCAUCUCCACCGUCUCCGCCAGCAUGCAGAUGGCGGUGACAGUCCGUAACCCCAACAGCCGCUCGGCCAUCUACUACGACCGCCUGGUGGUCUAUGUGACUCACAGAGGCCAGGUCAUAACGCCGCCGACACCGCUGCCACCGCUGGAACAGGAGAAGGACAGCACGGUCGCGAUGUCGCCGGUUCUUGGCGGCGGGCCGGUGCCGGUGUCCCCCGAGGCAGCGGCGGGGAUCGCGGCGGCGGAGGCUUAUGGCGUGGUGGCGCUGCGGCUGGUGGUUGCGGGCCAGAUCAGGUACAGGCCCGGGCCAUUCCACAGCACCAGGGUCGGCAUGUUCGUCAGGUGCGACCUCGUGGUGGGGCACCGGAGAGGCGUCUACGGCCAGGUGCCCCUCCUCGGCGGCGCCGACUGCUCCGUCGACGCCUGA